GAAUGUAUAUACGAAUUCUUAACAAUAAUGGCAGGGCUCCUUCUAGUAGCGGCGAUCGUGCACGUAUUUGUCCCAGUCCUACCACAGAACCCACUUGGUGGUUCCGCCUCCGAGUGCUGCGAGGCUCAGGCCGACGCGCUUCAAGGAAUCCUACAACGUGUGACGUCACUGGAGAGGGAGGUACAGACCCUCAAAGCCGAAAAUGCCAUUCUCAUCAAGAACGCGUCAUCUGAUGUGGCUUUGCAGAAUGAGAUUGCGCAGUUAAAAUCUCAGCAGCAACCCAUAGCCUUCUUUGCUGAACUAUCCAAUGACAUGGUGAAUCCAAGCAGUGGGCAGACAGUGGUCUUUGAUCAGAUCCUCACGAACGUCGGGAACGCCUACAACCCGUCCACGGGAAUCUUCACAGCACCCCUGCCGGGGACCUACCAUUUCAAUGUGGUCCUAUCCUCCCCACAAAACCGGGACGGUGCUCACUACAUGCAUUUCUUUCUGCUCCAGAACGGUCGGAAAAUCGCCUACCUGUUUCUGGACCAUAACACUGACUACUGGAUCCACACCUCAUCCUCGACAGUGGUUCAGGCUAUGAAGGGGGACCAGUUUUGGCUGAGUGUGGGGUUUGCAGGGGGACAGCAUACGCUUGCUGGUCACAAGCAGGGCGAGGGGGAAAUUCAUAGUCAUGUCUCGGGGUUUCUGAUCCAGGCCAUAUAACCAAGAGAGGAAUUCAAACACGAUUCUUGAUACUCGGAAGUCUUUACUGUUUUUCAUGAACCAUGUAUGUUCAAAAGUCUAUACUUAGUAUGUAACAUGUUUAUUAAACUUGUUUGAGCAA